UCUCUCUCUCUCUUCCAUUUGAUUUCCUUUUCGGAAUCGAUCUCUCUCUCUCUUCCAUUUGAUUUCCUUUUCGGAAUCGAUCGAUCGAUCCAUGGAGGCGGUGUUGACCGGGCCAAAGGUGGCGGCGGCGGCGGCGAAGGGCUUGGCGUUUCCGGCGAGGAGACUCGGGUUCGGCGAAUCGGUCCGAGUCGGGUCGGGGAUCGAGCGAGUCGGGUUCGACGCGGCGAUGCGGAGGAAUCGGGCGAUCCGAGUCGAGGCCGGGGGUUUCCGUGCGGCGUUGGUGAAGGAGACGAACGAGUCGCCGCGUAAGAUGAACUCGGCCCAGACCGGUCCGGUUGAGCUGUUCGUGGGCCUGCCCAUGGACGUGGCGUCGGCCCGCAGCGGCGUGAACCACGCCAAGGCCAUCGCAGCGGGCCUGCGGGCCCUGAAGCUUCUGGGCGCCUACGGCGUCGAGCUCCCCAUCUUCUGGGCCGCGGCCCAGCCUGAUUCUGACCCGGCCCAAUUCGACUGGGCCAGCCACGCGGCCCUCGUCGAGAUGGCCCGCGCUGCCGGACUCCGCGUCCGUGCCACCCUCUGCCUCCACGGCUCCCACCGCCGCCCUGGAGUCCCCCUCCCCGAGUGGGUCUCCCGCGCUGCCGCCGCAGACCCCGAUAUUCUCUUCACCGACCGAUAUGGGCGGCACCAUGAGGAGUACCUCUCGUUCGCGGUCGACGAAUUGCCCGUCCUCAGCGGCAGGAAGCCGGUUGAGGCCUUUGAGGACUUCUUCCGAAGCUUCCGGUCGGCCUUUGCGGAUUUCUUCGGCUCCACGAUUACGGUAUUGCUGCUCUCCCUUGUUGUUUCAUGACAUGUCUGGAAGUUUGUUUGCAUGCAUGAAUACA